AUGGCGCCCCUCACGCGUCUGCGGGCAGGCGCUCUUCCUGCCCUGGGUACGACAAUGCUCAUCGUGGCUGGCCUGUGCCCCCAGGGGCCCUCUGGACCCCCACCACCCCUGCUGCCCAAGCCAGGGAAGGACAACGUGCGUCUGCAGAAACUUCUGAGGAAGGCCGCCCGGAAGAAGAUGACAGGGCCCCUUGUGCCACUGGGGGCUUUCCGCACUUCCUUGUCCCCCGUGAGCGAGGCCAGCCAGGACCAGGAGCCCACGGCCCCGCGCCCGGCGGAGGCCCCACACCCCACGGAGGCCCCGCGUCCCACGGAGACCCUGCGCCCCGCAGAGGCCCCACGCCCUGUGGCCGCCCUGCCCCGCUCCCCCUGCAGCUCCAUCAUCCACCAUGUGGCGUCACCCCUGCAGAAGUCCAUAUUCCCCUUCAGCUUCACCCAGAGCAGGAGCCUGGCCACUCACUUCAAGGCCACAGGGCCUCGGCUCACGACCCCGGCCCCAGACCCUGCCCGGUCCCCCAGUGGCUUCACACAGGUCUCAGCCCCCACAGCAGGGGUCACCCACGUCAGCCAGGUGCACAUCCGGCUAGUGCCAUCCCCACAGGCCAGGACCCUUGAGCCCCGCCAGAUGGCCCCAGAUGGGGGACCUGGGGGGCAGGACCGAGACACAGCCCCGUGCCCUCCUGGGGCCCAGCCCCUGGUCCCCAUGGCCCACAUCCACUCGCUGCCCACUGAGGCCCUGGCUGCCAGUCCCUGGCCUGAGGCACCCCCUGUGCCCAGGCCACCCCCAGGCUCUGAGGUCUCGGUGCCCAGAGAGGCCAGCACUCAGGUUGUGGUGCCCAUCGCCCCUGCCUACCGCUCACCGGCACCCUCGCCUCACAGGCCAGCCUCUGAGGCCCCUGAAGCUGAGCACUUGGAGGAGCCCCUUGUGUCUGGCCCUGCCACUGAGGCUGAGCUGGUCUCCAGACCCUAUGGAGCCUCAUCCCCUGCCCCACUCUCAGGCCCGCACCCAUGUCCUGUCCCCAGAAUUGCACCCAAGCCCCAGCUCAGUGGCUGGACGCGCCUCAAGAAGCAGCUGAUGGAGGAGGCAGAGGCGUCCCCAUUCCCGGGGCCAGAGCAGAGCCCAGAGUGUGGGGAGCAGGAGGUGACAUCCCCCGUGGACCCAGUGUCCCGGCCCCCAGCCUCCAGGGCCUCCAGGAUGUGGAACGCGGUGCUGUAUCGCGUGUCAGUGGCCAAGUCCCAAAGCGGCCGGGUCGGGCCCAGGGACGGGGCUUGUACCCUGGCUGGCCUGGGCCGUUUGCCCUUCCUGUGCAGGCCACGAUUCAACGCUCGGAAGCUGCAGGAGGCAGCCACCCGGCCCCCUCCCAGAGUCCACUCCUCCAUCCUGGACCUGAACCCCAAGCCCAAGAACUUUAACCGGACGGCGGCCGGCUGGAGGCUCCAGUGA